AUGCUAAAAGAUGGGUACCGCGUCUUUGUGCAGACCAACUUUCCAAAUGUCCCGGUCCCUGCGCCAAUCGAGUAUGUUGGUGGCACAGGUCGCUUUUACAAAGAUGCUGCCCACGCUUUGUCAACACUGUCUCGCAAUUGGGAUCGCAAGGCGCUAAUUGCAAAAGCCAUAUGGCCUGGUCCAGGCUAUGGGCUAAAGAACCAGAGAGUAGGUAACAAGCAGACCAUGGGCUUCACGCCUGUGAUUAGUUGCCAUGAAGCCUGGUAUGGCGGUGAUUGGUGCUCGAGAAACCAGGUCGUGGCCUGGGGUGCUGGAGCUGAAGUAGUCUUUGGCUCAAGCAAUCUUGCGCGACCAUCAAGCCCUGGAGCAGAUGAGCGCGAAUUACCGUAUCAUUGGAGAGAUUUUAGUGUAUACCGGGAAAAGGGCAUGUGCGAAGGCCUGGAUGAUGUCACUUUUGUGCAAACGAUGCAGUCCUCUGGUACUGAUACUGAGAAUCUUCUUAUAGGUAGAGCAAGUGGUCAUUUAACACGCGUUUCGUUUGAGGCUCAGCGACGUAGAUUCAAACGUCGAGCCAAAUACGAUACCUUUAAGCAGCCCAUCAAAUCAGCUACAUUAAAUUCUGAAGGUAUUCUCGCCGCUUGCCUGUCAAAGAACUCUUUUGCUCUCUAUGAUUGCAGGUCCGAGGAGCCGAAUCUAGGCCCCAUGACACACAUGAACCUGCGACCUUCCGAGGAGUCGAGUAUUACUCGUGUGGCUAAGUUUCUACGUGAUGAUCUAGUAGCUGUGGGUUAUGGACCAUCUGCGGCAUCCAUUCAAAUCCUCAACAUUGGAGAUUGCAAUGUGAGGGAAGAGGGUCUGAUAUCUUACGGACAAUCCAUAUCAAUUGCAACAGACCACGGAGAACAGCGAAAAUCAACGUCAGUAUAUUCUUUUGCCACGCUACCACCGUCUAACCAAGCAGGAGGCAAGCAUGGGGAGCUUUUUUUAAGCGGAGGAUACGAUGGAGUUGUUCGCCUGCACGAUUUACGGUGUGCGAAUCGCAUCGCCGCAACGUUCAGUGACCUUGUUGAUUCUUCUGCCAUCUAUUCUCUAGUCUCAUACGGCCGUGAGCGUUUUGUGGCAGGCGCUGCUCGUGACACUCUCAUGAAGGUUUUUGACCUUCGAGUGCCGGGCUCCAGAAGGUACUUUGCAACUGACCUGCAGCCUCAUGGCAGCACGAACAAUGACAUCCAGAAUGUAGCUUGCGGAUCACUCAGAUAUUACAGCCCAGAGGAUGACCUCGAAGGGGGCUUCGUGGCUGGAAUAUUUCCUGAUCCUGUUUUCGGUAAGGUCCCGAAUACACAAAACCGCGUCAAAGACAUCCAGCGCAAAUGGGACCCAAGAGGAAGCGUAGCAAGAUUGCCACUCUACCAACACCCUGCGAAUGAUAGAAAAAGUGUUCAGAUAAAAACGCAGCGCUCUGUCGGUUACUACGAUGACCGCCUGCCAGGUUGGGAUGAACGGUGGGAGCCUUGA